AUGGAUCCAGCAUUCUCGCUAGCUGACGAGCUAGCUGACCUUCACACGCAUCACGACGAUCUCAAUGCGCACCUCUCAUCUGACGAAUUGGCGUUUCAUCCGCAUCACGCGCAGUAUGCAUCCGGAUCGACUUUAAGCGACGAAUUCGCGACGUUGGAUGGUGGAGCUGCAGAGUUCGGAUCAUUAGAUGCCGAGCUGGAGGGGCUGCAUCUCCAUGGGCAUGGUCAGGAUCUUGCCUCUGAGCUAGGUUCUGGUGGCUACCCCGUGGAUGAUGAGCGAGAUGAACAUGCUGCAGAGCAGGAAAGUGUAGCAAGUGCGGGGAUGUCGAGGCACACAUCCGGGCAUACAAGUUGGAGUUCAGGCCAAAGCACACCUCCACGUCUCGCACCUUCUCGCUCCAUAGGCUCACCAACGCGAUCCGUCACCAGCAUACCCACUCUCGCCCCAUCACAAGACAUGACCGCCACCCUACACGCCACACAAUCCUUCCUCGAACGACUUUCCAAACUCUCCUCCACAAAAGAUUCCACUACACGAUCCACCGUCCCAGACACCGCUGAAGAGGAAGACACCGCUCGGCUGGAAAGCGCUGCUGCGCGGUACCUCACGCUCAUCUCCCAAUCCAGCAUGGAGCGGGAAGCCCAGCUUCGAGAGCUUCGAGAGUUGGAUCGAAGACUGGAACGUGAUCUUCCCACUUUCAGCCAACCGAGUUUCGACCUUUCCGCAUCGUCCUCGCUAUCGACCUUGCCCGAACUGGAAGAUCCCGCCGCGGCGGGAGAGUCGUUCGAAUCAUCUACAGACAGCUCACCAUUGCAUCGCAGACAUCGUGCCACUUCGUCCAUCGGAAGCGAUUCCACCAUCAUUCCGCCCACAUCUUCCGGUCAUCUCUUGGAUACACAACUCUUCGCUCCGCUGUACACCUCCACCUUGGACCUGGUGUCGUCGCUCAACGGGCUGCACGAGCAUUCGCAGGUCAUGAAGAGCAGCACGGCGGAUGCGACGAGAAAGGCAAAGACGGUCAGGGGGUUGAUCGCACAGUGGAAGGCGGAGGUGGAGAGCGUAGAGGUGAGCGAGGCGAAGAUUCGGACGUAUGAGGAAGAGAUGAUGGGGAACAGGGGGGACGGAUGGGUGAGGGAACAGGUCGAGUGGUGUAGGCGGAGAAUCGAGGAUGUAGAGGGCAGGGCGAGGGUGUUGUUGACGCCGGUUGGCGUAGCUGCGCCUAGCUGA